GUUUGCUAUCUCGUGGCCGGCUUUCUGUAUCCGGCCAAUUCAGUUCAAGUCGACUGGUCUCCAAUACAGCCAAAGCCCGUGACGGGCCAUAACCAUGGAGGCCCCCGAAGACGAUGCCAAGGUCAGGCAAAGAUCCAUGCCUACGGUCACGCCCAUUCAGCAGGAUUUCCUUUUUGUCGAUGCCUCCAAAUCUGCCAAAAGCUCUCGCCAGGGCCGUCGAAACGCUCGCUCUUUUGUGAUGCAGAAGGCCAGACGAGAGCGCCCGUGGUCAACCAGUAAACACGCAGCGAAACAGAGAAAGAGCCCCGAAACCACGAGUCCUGUAGCUGUUGGUACACCUGAUAUCACGAACCUCCGUACUCCAAACACCACCACACCUAGUCCUACGAGAACCACGCUGGGCCCUGACUAUCGAUCCUUUGAAUCCUAUCGAUCCUUUGAACCUGCGGACGGACUUUCCCUCCUGAAGCAAGUGCGUUGCUCGGAAUGUCAAAUGCUCCAUUCUGGACCCGGUCGUAGUCUGUGCCGAAGAUGUAUCGUGCUCAACACACCAACACUCACAGAUCCUGAUCAUUCCCUCUUUGAUCCAUUCGGCACCAUUUCUGUCAAUGUCAAUGAGAGCGUAACAGAGUUAUUAGACCACUUUGUUGCGAGAAUGGCCCCUACCACCAUUCCUCUCGAUUUCCGGAACAAGUCGAAUCUAAUGAGGUCGGAUUGGUUUGGUACAGCCAUGAAUAAUUCCGGAUUCAUGCAUAGCUUACUAUGCACUGCCGCAUUACACAUGUUCGUGUUCGGCAAAGGCUCCUUCGACACGAUCCACUACCACAAAGCGCAAGCGAUCGCGGCCGUAAAUGCAGCUAUUUCAGAUCCAGACCCGCUUUUAGGUAUCUCCGAUGCUAAUAUUGGCGCCGUGUUCAAUCUGUUAUGUGUAGAGGAGAGCUUGCCUCAUCUACGGCAAUUGGAUCCAGGCGAGGAGAUGCCCAAUCAAAGGCAAAUUCAUUUGGACGGCCUACGAAGGAUGGUGCAACUUCGAGGAGGGUUGAAGGCGAUUCACUCAAACCGCAUCCUGCAAGCUUUUAUAUUAUGGCAUUCAACAGCACAUGCUAUAGCGGCGUUCGACAUCCCAUAUCUCUCCAGCAUCGACUAUAUUAGCACAUCGCAUUUUCCGCCGCAUCCCCCAGGAUAUCGACCGAGAAUAUCAGAUCAUCUGAUCGAAUACUGCAGAGCCGCUCAGAUUCAAUCCACCCUCACCGUCCACGUAGAAUCAGCCCUAAUCUUGAUUGCCGACCUGAACGACGGAUUUGGCAAUCCCGAAAGCCCUCUCGACCCACUCGACAUUCAGAAUUCAUCCUGCGUCCUCGAAUGCUUGUUGCUCGACUGGCUACGAAGCCAUGAAGGCCGGACGACGCCUCUGGAAAACGCUCUCUGUGUCGCUCUCCUUAUACUGACCGUGCGCGCUACUGAGGCACUCCAGCGACGGUCCGACCCACAUACUCUUCAUACUAUCGCCAGUGCACGCCUGGUAAAAUCUCUUUGCGCCACCAGCCGAGAGGAAUGGGCGCCCUGUCCUGAUCUUCUCUUAUGGAUCCUUACCAUCGGCGCCAUAUCAUCCGAAGGAUCGAUGCAGUACUCGUGGUUCUCCUACCAAGUUUCGCUAGCCUGUCAGGAGUUCGGAGUUGGAUCCGUACAGAUUUUGCUUGACCGGCUUCAUCUAUGUGGAUGGGUUGGUUAUAAGCUCGACACGGCGGUUCAUCACCUAUGGAAUAAUAUCUUGCAUCUGAGGCAAACGCCAUCAUUCGAUCCGAUCAAUGAGGUUGGACCGCUUCAGCCCCAUGUAUCACCACCGGAUUGGACCAACUGGCACGAUUACGAUGACUGGCUAGCAUCAAGUGACAACAGGACCCCGACAGCAGAUCCCGAUAAACAGCAAGAAUCAGGCGCGGGUAUUCAUAGUUUUGGGCAUUAUAUUUAUUACCCAACUGCCCAACCUGUCCUGCAGGGUAUUCAGUGGGCAAGCUAUCAAGCGCCCUCGGAAUGAAGCACCUGGCAGUCCCUUCUGCAUCGAAAUCUCCUUUUCGCCAAUCAUGGAGAGAAGAUUACUCAUUCCUGCCACAUCUAUCGUACCUCAACUCGUUGAACAAGGGCGAUGGCCGAGUUUGAGACGGCAAUCUUUACUUGCCCAGCAGAGCCACCGAACCUAUCCCAUCAUUUUAAGAUCAGGGAUUGGUCCAACAGGCAUCGGACCUCAUGAGGACCGCUUUACUCCACCAGCACCAUUUCGACCGAAUAUGCAACUAUGUCCA